CUGGUGCGCAUGCUCGCAGGGUGAGGGGCGGGGCGAGGCACCCAGCAAGCUUCCGGGAUUUGCGGGGAGCAGGUGUCUCAGUGAUAACUAUUCUCUGGACUGAAUCCUGAAUUUGUCUUGUUGGUCAAAUGAUUAAGAAACCAUGAGUGGAGGAUCUCAAGUCCACAUUUUUUGGGGUGCUCCAAUCAGUCCACUGGAAAUGACAGUAUCACAGGAACCAACUUCUUUAGUGUCCACUGCGGACCCCUGGAAAGAAAUUCAGCUUUUGUACAAUCACCAUUCCUUACAUCUGAAGGAUGAAAAAUGCAGGCACAAAAGUCUUAAGGAUUAUCAGGCCCUGGAACCUCUGGACCCUCCAGAUCUUCCUCGUGGUCAUUUUCCAGCAAACUCUGUGAACAGAUCUGUUCACGUGAAAGAUGACUUCACACAUUGCAUUCCUGAAACACAAACUAUAAAAUCCCAGAAGAGUCACCCCUUGGGGUUGAGUGAUAGAACCAACUCCAGUGAUCAAAUAUGUGGAUUUAAGGCCGGAUUUCAACGUUUAACUGAAGAAGAAAAGUAUCAAAAGCUUUUCAGUGAACAUAAGAAGAUCACAGUUGAACAGCCUAAAGAUCAAUCAAAUAUACAUGGUCAGAAUGUUCCAAAAGAUUCCUUUCAGUUAGAUCAUAAGUGUGCAGCUAUAUUGGAUGUGAUCUGUGGUGCUGAACAGACUAAUACGGGGCCAGGAGCUAUGGAAACAAACUGUGCACCAACAGAGCAUCAUGAAAUACAAAACCAGAGUCGGGAAUUAUUUUCCUCUAGCACAGUAGACAAACCAAGGCCUGAAGGAACAGUUAGGAAGGUCUCAGGCCUUAAAAUAUCCACUGAUACUGAAUUUCUCAGUGUAAUGACCUCCAGCCAGGUUGCUUUUUUAGCUCAAAGGAAGUAUAAAGGGCAGAAUUCUAUAAAUAAAGGAACCAUUAAAAUGGAGAUUGAACCAGAGGCAAGUCAUGGGGAAAUAAGAAUAACUGAAGAUAAUUUGAUUCAGCCCAAUGAUGAUUCUACAGAAGGAUAUGAAGGUGGACAGAACCAAGCCUGUUCCCUUGAACUUUUUAGUCCUGAACCAAAAAAUAGCCACAUUCUCUUGAACACCAAUAAAGGUCUUGAAGAAAAUAUAGGAUCUCAAGAACUUUUCCGUUUUGAUGAUAAAUUGACACCAAAUGAGAUACGCAUUGAGUCAUGUAGCUCAGGAAUACUGUGUUCCCAAUUAAAUACCUUCCACAAAAGUUCUGUUGAAAGAAGUUGGACCUCUGAAGAUAAAUCAGGCCAUCCUCAAGCUCUAUCUGAAGUCCCCCACGUCGCUAAGAAAAUCAAGUUGAUUUCUAAUCAGAGAGAUCAUACUGUAACAGUGCACCAGAGGAAUGUGUCUGGAUUUAAGGGCAUUAAAAAAACAUCGUUAAUAAAAAACUGUGAUUCUGAAAGUCAGAAGUAUAAUUGUUUAGUCAUGGUGUUAUCUCCAUGUCACGUGAAAGAAAUAAACAUAAAAUCUGGACCAAAUUCUGGCUCUAAAGUGCCUUUAGCAACAAUUGUGGUAAUUGACCAAUCAGAAAUUAAGAAGAAGGUUUUUCUGUGGAGGACUGCAGCAUUUUGGGCACUUACAGUGUUUCUUGGAGAUAUAAUUUUACUCACGGAUGUUACUAUUCAUGAGGAUCAUUGGGUUGGUGAGACAGUACUGCAAUCAACAUUUACCAGUCACUUAUUAAAUCUUGGGAGUUAUUCAUCUGUCCAUCCUGAAGAAUAUUCCAGUAUGGUUAGUGAUAUUGUACUUCAAGACUUACUGGCAUAUGUGUCUUCAAAACAUUCCUAUCUCAGAGAUCUUCCUCGGAGGCAGCUUCAGAAAAUGAGCAGUAUAGAAUUUGUAGAAUUGGAGCAGCUUCAGCCAGACGUAUUAGUCCAUGCAGUUCUAAGAGUUGUUGAUAUCACUAUACUGACAGAGGCAUUAUACAGUUAUAGAGGACAGAAGCAAAGGAAAAUUAUGUUAACAGUGGAACAGGCCCAAGGUCAACAUUAUGUGCUUGUAUUAUGGGGUCCUGGAGCAGCCUGGUACCCUCAACUUCAAAGGAGAAAAGAUUAUAUUUGGGAAUUUAAAUAUCUUUUUGUUCAGCGCAAUUGCAUCCUGGAGAACCUAGAAUUGCAUACAACACCAUGGUCAUCCUGUGAGUGCCUGUUUGAUGAUGAUAUAAGGGCAAUUACAUUUAAAGCAAAAUUUCAAAAAAACACACCGUCCUUUGUGAAGAUGUCAGAUUUAGCGACACACCUAGAGGAUAAGCGUUCAGGAGUGAUUCUAAUCAAAGCCCAGAUUUUAGAGCUAGUGUUUCCCAUUACAGCAUCUCUGAAGAUAGCUCUAAAUGCUCACAGUUCUCUGAAGAUUAUUUUUUCUUCUCUUCCCAAUAUUAUAUAUACUGGCUGUGCAAAAUGUGGACUGGAACUAGAAACAGAUGAGAACAAGAUCUACAAACAAUGUUUUAGCUGCUUGCCGUUUACCAUGAAGAAAAAAUACUAUAGGCCAGCUUUAAUGACCAUAGUUGAUGGAAUAUAUAAGGUUUGCGUCCAUGUAGGAUCAAAGCUGAUAGAGAAGAUUCUUCUCAACAUUUCUCCUGACUGGCUCAACAGAGUUAUAGAAAACAAGAACUGAGGUCCUUUUUCCAGCUUUUCACCUCCGGAAUCAGCUCCAAAUUCGUCCUUCAAUAUAUGCUCUGCAGACGGAAUUCCCUUAAGCGUCUCUCCUUCGCAGUGAGUAUGAUGCUAAACAGUAGAGGGCGCUAGAGAUACAUUGAGGGAGGCAGGCGCUUUUCUUGCUGUUUCAGUAGCCGCGCAUCAGUCCAGAUUUGAGUGCGAGGACACCGACCGGGUGGGUGGCGCUCUGCUCCGGCCACAUUCCCUGGACGCCGCCGGUCCCUCCACCAGCUUGCGGCCGGCCUGGCCCGUCAAUCAUGUUCCCAUAGCCCUCCUGACAAGGAGGCCACCAGCUCCAGCCCCCUAUCCGGUCUGCACCGGUGUGCCACCCACCCAUCACCUACUCCCUGCGUUUGUCCUAUCAGAUUUGUCAAUCAGCAAACCGGUAAAAACAAAUUACCAAAGGACAGAUAGAAAUCAAAUCUGGUCACUUGCUGGAUUAUACUUCAUCAGUGGAGAUGAACAGAUAAUAUAUACAGACAGGAGUGAAAGAAAGGAAAGAGGAAAGAAUGGAGGGCGGGAGGGAGGGAAGAGGGGAAAAAGGGAGGAUGAAAUGUGGAGAAAUGCACAGCCACCAAAGGUGCACAAACAGAAGCGGCUGUAUCCAAUAGGCCCUUAAAAGUCCUUUAAAGGAUCCCAGGCUGUGGGACUGUUUUGGCACUACACCGUCGCUUUUUUGAGGUUUCUCUGGCUAUAUGUGAUAACGACACCAUUUUUAGACAUCUGGAGUCUGAUUCAAAUUCCAGCUUCACCACUUCCUAGUUCUGGGGCCUGAGAGAUGGCAUCUCCUCCCUGAUGUGCACUUUCCUCACUUGUAAGUGUGGGGCAGUUUCUCCUGGACUGCUGUGGAGUUUAACAAGCUGAUGAUGUGCAAUGACCUAGUACAGUUCCUCAGAGCUAGUGCCUUUCUCCCCACGUUGACAGUCAUUCCAGUCUGAGAAACCCAACUCUGAAAUUGAGAGGGGAAGAGUGAUCUGAGCAAAUAAUUCCAUACUUGAAAAUUAGGGGGAAAACCCCAUAAUAAGUAGAUAUUCCAAUCUGUCUUCAUAAAGGCAUAUUAAAUUCAAUUAAGGGGCUUCCCUGGUGGUGCGGUGGUUGGGAGUCCGCCUGACGGUGCAGGGGACGCGGGUUCGUGCCCCAGUCCGGGAGGAUCCCACGUGCCACGGAGCGGCUGGGUCCGUGAGCCAUGAACGCUGAGCCUGCGCGGAGAGGCCACAACAGUGAGAGGCCCGCGUACCACCAAACAAACAAACAAACAAAUUCAAUUAAGAAAUAUAUCCAUUUUGUUGAAAGAUCCGGCCUUAUAGAAUGUAAUCAGCAAAAUACUUGAUCCUUUUUUUCCCCAGUCAUCCAUUCAAACCUGCUUGGCAGGUAGCUUCUCCCUGCCAUUUGGAUAAAAUCUAGGGCAAGUCCCAUGACUUUUUUGGGCACUCUUAUGUAACAAUAAAUUUUUCCUAUAACUUCUGCUUGCAAAAACAGGUUAUGUUCAGCACUUGAAAUGUCCAGUCACGCAGUGAUCCAAACCUCCAACUUCAUUUAUUUUUUUAUUUUUAUUUUACAUUUUUUAUUGGUGUAUAGUUGCUUUACAAUGUUGUGUUAGUUUCUACUGUACAGCAAAGUGAAUCAGCUAUACAUAUACAUAUAUCCCCUCUUUUUUGGGAUUUCCUUUCCAUUUAGGUCACCACAGAGCAUUAAGUAGAGUUCCCUGUGCUAUACAGUAGGUUCUCAUUAGUUAUCUCCAACUUCAUUUAAAGUGUACGCCUCCCCCUCACUCCUGCCCUGACCUGGGCUCAUGCCUAUAGCAGGCCACAGCAGAAGAUCGGCUUGGAGCACUGUUUUCCUGUUUCUCCAAUUUGUGCUCCCACUCUUCUUUUCCCAACUUGCUAACAGGGAUUUCUGAUCAUCCACACAGGGGCAGGGAGGGGGUAUGGGAAGGCCACCUAAGGGGCAGGAGAGGUUCUAACAUAACCAGUCAUGAGCUAGAGUACUCACGAGGGUUCUUCAAGAGCCUCCUUUCUCUGCAGGUUCCUGUGUCUCAGGUUUGCCCCAGAGUGUGGGUUGGCACACAGCCCCCUCCCCAUCCCCUUUAAAGGUCUUAUUACAUUUUUUGGAAAUGGAAGUCUGGAAAUUAUGCUUCCUGACACUUACGAACAGGGUUCCAGGAUGAGUUUACCAAAUGUGAGACACUCAGGUGAAGCUAGAGAGUGGAAAGAAGGUAAAAAAUCAUCCUUUUCUCCCUUUGACUGUGACAUUUAUGACAGCAGGAUGCUCAAGGCUCUUGCAGUAAUUUGAGCAAAGAAUUUGUGCAAAUUCUGCCCAGUCAUCAUUAUGGGAUACCAAAUAGGCAGCAAUGGCUUUGAGACCUGGCAGCAGCUACGAGGCAGGGAGGUCUCCUCCUCAGGGACUGCACCUGCACAGCCAAGCACAGGGCCUGGCUUUCCCCAUUUCUAGGGAACAUCAGUAUGGUGCACUGAGUUAUCACCCCAAUCCUUAACCCCUCCUGUAGCUGUAUCCAUUGCUAUGGUGCUUUGCAGUUCCUCUCGCAAAAAGUGUAGUUUACCUCCCUGCCCCUUGAUUUUGAACUUGGCCACAUGACUUACUUCAGCCGAUGGGAUAUUAGGUGACACAACACAAGCAGAGGGUAGAAAUGUGUUUGCCCUUCUUCUGCCUUCCCCAUGAGAAGAGCUUUCCCUGGAUAGCUGCUGCCCCUUCACCUGGAGCUCAGAAUGAACAAACAUGGAGCAGGCCUGGAUGAGGACCCAAGCCUGGCCAGACCCACAGCUUGAAAGUGAGUUGCCUAACCUAGAUCAGCCCACACUCAGCUGACCCAUAGAUGUGUGAGAAAUAAAUGCUCAUUUUAGUAUAACACCGAGAUGUUGAGAUUGUUUGUUAUGCACCAUUAUUCCAAAAAUAGCCAACUGAUACAAGCAACUUUUCUCCUUUUAGCUUCAUCAGCCUCCCAAGAAGGCUGUGUAACUUGUGUCAUCAAAUUCCCUGUAUAAAAUCACUCUUUGCUAAGAAUUCUUUUUCUGGGAGAAGAAUUCUUAGAAAAUAAUUAUUUUUCUGCUUGAGUCAGAGUUAUGUUCAUUGCUGAGAACAACUAGAAAACCUGAACAAAAUACAGAAAACUUCUUUGCCGAAGAGCUGCCAAGUUGACAAGCAUUUGGUGGACCACGAUCUCAGAAGAAGGAAAACACAAGGAGAUGAGCUGACGUGCUGUGAACCACUUUUCCCUUCAGAAAACUGGCUGAUUCUAGUUAAGAGGCUGAGCAUUUGGACAGAGGGCCAUGGCUAAGAGGCAGAAAAGGCAGCAGACGCUCUGCAGCUGGAGAGACAAGACACUGGAGAUUGGGGUUGCCAAGGCAGCUGGGGCUGGAGGGGCCAAGAUGUCAGAUAAAAGGGAGACACAGAAAAGAAAUACUAGGGAAUUCCAUGGCGGUCCAGUAGUUAGGACUUGGCACUUUCACUGCGGUGGCCCAGGUUCAUUCCCCAUUCUGGGAACUAAGAUCCUGGAAGGGAUGCUGCGUGGCCAAAAAAAAAAAAAGAAAGAAAAGAAAAAGAA